AUGGCAGACACAGCAACGCAACCCGUGGCCGUCACGGCCAGCACCACCACCAGCAGGCCACCCCUCCAGGCCCAGGCGGGCGGCGGCGCCAGUGAGUCGCAGCGCACCGUCAAGACGCUCAAUGACUCCGUCAUCCCGUACCUGACCAAGAUCUUCGAGAUCCAUGCCGGUCAAACCGAUCAGAAGUGGCACAAGGAGCAGAUUGUCUCUUUCGUGAAGCACAUCCAGGCCGAGGAGACGGCCGACUGUCUCACGGCGGGGACCGCGGCGGCAGCCACCGCCCCGGAGGAGCUCGACUUCAAGGGCUUUCUCAACUACAUGACCUCGUCGGCCUCGGCCGCCACUGCCCCGGCCCGCGAGCAGGACCUGACGUACCCGCUGUCGAGCUACUUCAUCAGCUCCAGCCACAACACGUAUCUCACGGGGAACCAGCUGUACAGCGAGUCGAGCACCGAUGCGUACAAGAACGUGCUGCUUCGGGGAUGCAGGUGCAUCGAGAUCGACGUCUGGGACGGCGAUGAUUCGGACAACGAGGACGACACGUCCGUCAGCAGCAGCGACGAGGAGGCGGCCGCCGCCGCUGCGGCGGGUGCGCCAAAUCCCAAGAAGGAGAAGCGGAGCAAGCUCAAGAUGCUCAAGGAUAAGAUGCCGGGGUCUCUGGCCAGCAGGCUGGAGAAGACGUCGCUGGGGAAGAAGAUGGACGAGCGGAUCGAAAAGUCCACCAGCCCACCGGCGGAGACUGCCGUUCCUCCGCCCGCGGCCGCGGGUCAGCAAACAGCGGCAGCCGGUUCGGGGACGCUGCAGAAGACCCCCUCGAGGCUCCGCCCCAUCGAGCCCCAGGUCUUCCACGGGUAUACGCUCACCAAGGAGGUGCCGUUCCGGCACGUCUGCGAGACGAUCCGCGACUACGGCUUCGCGGCGGCCGACACGCCGCUCAUCGUCAGCCUCGAGGUGCACUGCGGCGCCGAGCAGCAGGAGGUCAUGGUGCAGAUCAUGGAGGAAACGUGGAAGGGUCUGCUGGUCCCGGCGCCCGACGUCGACGCCGAGGAGCUGCCCCGCCCCGCGGACCUCUUGGGCAAGAUCCUCGUCAAGGUGAAGUACGCGCCGCCGACGGGCCCCGGGACGGACGCGCUGGAAGACAACGACAAAGAGGACGACGGCAAGCGGUCGCCGUCGCCGCCGGUGGACCCGGCGAACAAGAGGGCCGCGGCCGCCAAGAAGAAGCCGAGCAAGAUCAUCCAGGCGCUCAGCAGGCUAGGCGUCUACACGCGCGGCGUGUCGUUCAAGUCGCUGACGCAGCCCGAGGCCACGAUGCCGACGCACAUCUUCUCGCUGUCGGAGAAGGGGGUCAUGGAGGUGCACGAGAAGCAGGGGGCGGAGCUCUUCCACCACAACCGGCACUUCCUGAUGCGCGCGUACCCGUCAGGGCUGCGGAUCGGGAGCUCGAACCUCGACGCCCCCGUGUUCUGGCGCCGGGGCAUCCAGAUCGUGGCGCUGAACUGGCAGAACUGGGACGAGGGGAUGAUGCUCAACGAGGCCAUGUUUGCCGGCACGGGCGGCUACGUCCUGAAGCCCGAGGGUACGAUACCGGUGCCCCAAAGCGGGCUCGCCCCCGACACGGCCAAGGGCGUGCCGCAGAUCGCCUACAAGACGCUGGACCUCCAGAUCGACAUCCUCGCGGCCCAGAACCUGCCGCUCCCGCCCGGCGACACAAAGGUCAGCGGGUUCAAGCCGUACGUAAAGGUGGAGAUCCACGCCGAGUCGCCCGAGGAGCGGCUGCCGGGGGCGCACAUCAAGGACGACGGCCGCGAGCGCGAGAGCGAGUACAAGGCCAAGACCAGGUCGAACCGCGGCGUCGACCCGGACUUUGGGAGCGAGGCGCUGCAGUUCACGGGCGUCCCCGGGGACGACGAGAUUGGGCGCGACGACCUGGCGGCGUGGGCCGCCGUGCGGCUGGACCGGCUGCGGUGCGGGUACCGCUUCGUGCACCUCAUGGACUGCGAGGGGCGGCUGACGGACGGCGUGGUGCUGGUCAAGGUCACCAAGAAGUUGUCCUAG